AUGGCCUCAAAGAAGACCAUCAUCAGCAAGCUCACUGAAGCAAAUCUUGCAAAAAUAGAUCUCGAACGAGUCGUAGUUGACGAUGUUGAAAGUAAUACACCCGCUCCCAUUCAAGGGGCAGUGCAAUCUGAUUCUAGAGUUAUUGCUAGUAGCCACGAAGGAGAGGCAAAGCAAGUCUUUUUCCAAAUGAUGAAUGAGUGGUUUACAGAGUUCGUUCAAACGAAUCCGGAUGCUCAACAACCUCUACCCUCGCAAGUUCUUGUAGCUCCCCAAGUUAUUGAUUCUAUACACUCGAGUAAGCUACCUAUCGAUAAGAUUCGUAAAUAUGGGGCCGAAGAGUUCAGAGCUACUGUUGAUGAUGAUGUUGAGAGAGCUGAGUUCUGGUUAGAUAAUACUAUCCGAGUGUUUGAUGAAUUAUCUUGCACUCCCAAUGAAUGCAUCAAGUGUGUUAUUUCCUUGCUUAGAGAUACCGCGUACCAUUGGUGGAAUACCUUAGUAUCUGUGGUUCCUAAGGAACGUGUUACUUGGGAGUUCUUUCAAAUUGAAUUUCGGAAGAAAUAUAUCAGUCAAAGAUUUAUAGAUCAGAAACAUAAAGAAAUCCUCGAGUUAAAACAGGGGCGCAUGACAGUGGCAGAAUAUGAGAGAGAAUUUGUGAGACUCAACAGAUAUGCCCGAGAAUGUGUAUCGACCGAAGCAAUCAUGUGUAAGAGGUUCGAGGAUGGUUUAAAUGAAGACAUCAAGUUAUUAGUUGAAAUUCUGGAAAUCAAAAAGUUUGUGGUACUUGUCGAGCGAGUAUGCAAAGCUGAAGAACUAGGGAAAGAGAAAAGAAAAGCUGACUUUGAAGCUAAAGAUUCACGAAAAAGAUCAUCGAGUAAGUCAUUUCAGUCGAUAUCGAAGAAGUUUCGAGAUGAUUUUAGUCGUUCAAAGGCUGCUGUGGAUCAUUUCAUUCGUGAUUGUCCCGAGUUGGUUGAAAAGGACAUUGUGCAGAAUAUGAGACUGAGUAACACGGCAGCUAGAAGUAGACCACCCAGAAACACAGGUAAUGUGAGUAGUAGCCAAAAGGGAACUAAAGACACUACUGUUAGAUCUGAAGCUCACGCACCUGCCAGGGCUUAUGUUCUUUGCGCUCACGAAGAAGCCUUGUCUCCAGAUGUUAUUACCUGUACUUUCACUAUUUAUGAUACUAAUGUGAUUGCAUUGAUAGAUCCAGGAUCAACUCAUUCGUACAUAUAUGUGAAUUUAGUAUCCAGUAAGACUUUGCUUGUAGAGUCUACUGAAAUUGUAAUUAGAGUAUCGAACCCCUUAGACAAGUGUGUUUUGAUAGAUAAAGUGUGCAAGAACUGUCCGUUGAUGAUUCAAGAUUUUUGUUUUCCGGCUGAUGUGAUGUUGUUACCAUUUGAUGAAUUUGAUAUAAUUCUGGAUAUGGAUUGGCUAACGUUGUAUGAUGCGGUUGUGAACUACAAAAGAAAGACGAUCGAUUUGAGAUAUUAG